CCAAAUCCGGUUUUAUAAAACCCCUUCUUCCCCAUUGAGGCUUUCACAGUUAAGCAAUUUCAUCUCCAUUUCUCCUUGUCCCCGGAUUCCACACACUAAUCGUUUCCAUUUUCCUUUCCAUAAUUAAAUUCAAUCUAAUAGCCAAUUGAUGGCUCCAACACUAGCGUUGCGCCGCCGGGAAUCGACGCCGGAGAUGACGGAGGAGCUGAGAAAGAGAUACGAGGAGAUGGAGAAGGAGUUGAAGAGUAGCCGGGAAAGAGAGGAAAAGAUGAGGAGAGAGUUGGAGAGGACGUGGCAGAGGUUGAGGGUGGCGGAGGAGGCGGAGGAGCGGCUGAGCUCUCAGCUCGGCGAGCUGGAAGCGGAGGCGGUGGACCAGGCGCGUGCGUACAGGGCGCGUGUUAUGGCGUUGAUGGAUCAACUUUCCGCUGCCACCAAGCUAAUCCCUCCCGCGCCUUCGGUUCCCCUUAAUUGUUAGAUGAUUAGGAUUUGAUUAAUUAAUUGAGUGCUGAUCUGAUUGAUGGAAGUGUGAAAUAUGGAAGUUUCUUAAUCUGUACUCUUGUUGUGUAACUGUGUAAUUACUAAUAAAAACUAGACGAUAAACCCGUGCGUUGCACGGGAAAUCUAGGAACCUUUUGGUGCUCCAUAUAUGUUUACGAUUUAUCAAACUUAUCAACCAUUUUAGUUUUUUCUCAUAUUUCGUAUAAUUUUUUCUGAGACAAAGGGAUUAUAAGUUUUUGAGAUAACAAAAAUAACGAAUGUUAGCAAAGUUUCAUGAGACAGAGUAAGUGUAAGUUUUAUGAUAUUUAAUUUAUGAAUGUGACUUUUCUAAUUUGUAGUUACUAACUGUCACUGAGAAGUUGUUGUGUUCGUCAUAUUUUUAUGAGAAAAAUAAUCAAAAUACAUAAACUCUAAAGAAGCGUGAGAUAAACACUCCAAACUUUCAUAUGUAAUUUAAAUACCCCAAAUUUUAUGUAAAAUUUAUUUAGGCAAUAUGGUCCGAUCCUAUAUUAUUCCUUUCAAAAAUGUUAUUUAUGGUGUUAAUUGCAUAAUUUAAAAUAACAAAUUAAAAAUGUUGCAAUUGUUCACUCUAGUGGGGGCAUUAUUAUUUAUUUUGCAAUGAAAGUUGAGAAUGUUAAUUGUAUUUUUUAGAAUGCUAAAAUAUUUUAAAUUGUGAAACUUACACAAAAAAUUAACAAUUUUGAAAGAAAUAAUACAUGACUGGUGCUAAAAGAACUUUUUACAUAAAAGUUGGGGUAUUUAAAUUAUAUAUGCAAGUUUGGGGUGCUUAAUUCACACUCCUUUUAAAGUUUGAGGUAUUUUAAUUACUUUACCUUAUUCUUAUUGCUUAAUGUUUAUUUUUAUUUUAUUUAGACCAGAUCAAAUAAGGGACAAUUCAAGUUAGAUGAAAUCGGAAAAAUUAAGUUCACAUGAGAAAGAUUUAGAUGUAUAGUUAUAGUUAUAACUAUAAUUAUAGUUAUAAAUUUAAUCACAAUAAUAGUGAUGAUAAU